GGUGGAGUAAGGAGAGACCACAAGAAGGACGGGAUGGGUUCUUGGUGGACAGUGCACUCCAGUUUCAAACCUCAGCCGGAGUGAGUGUACUAAGUAAGUCGAGGGAGGAAAAGUUGCAACAAGAAGCAGCAACAGAUACAUUCAGGAAGCAGCAGAGAGAGGGAAGAAAUGGAAAAAUAUGUGUGGAGGAGGUAGACGCCAAGGGAGGUUUCAUUCCCCACAGCUCCUCUCAGUUUAUCAGGAUUUCCCUCCCUGGACGCUGCUGCUCUAAGUGCCUUCUCUACAGGGCCAUACUCUUCCAUAUCGGGACCUGGAUUUGGACAAACAGUGAAGUGGACACAAUCAGACGGGACCGCUGCGUUGAAAGUUGAAGUAUUUGCGGUCAAUUCAUGUCUGUCCUUUGAGGUUUUAAGUAGACCAAAUAAUUAGUGACAGAAUCAGCAUUAUUAGGCUGCAUUGGUAAAUAUUUGAAUCAAUUCUGUUCUAUGCACUGUUCACUUUGCAUGAAAAAUUGAUUUUUGUAUCUUGCCUGACGGGUCAGUUUUAAAACAUUAUCUCAUCCUGAAUAUUGUUGAGCGGAUGUCGCUAAAACCACAGAGUCAGAGUGUUCCCUGCCUGCAGAUAGAGAGAAUUUACAGUAUGUUUUGUUUAGUUUGUUGCUCGUGGUUGGUGCAAAUAAUGAGGUGAAUUAUUAUUAAUGACUAAUGUUGUUAUUGCGUUUAUGGCAUGGAAGAUGAGAAGACUCUGGUAUUGCCUGUCCUGUAUUUCAUCAAGUCAGUUGUAUGCACCAAAUUCUUAGCUUUUUCUCAAAAGACGUUUUAAACUGAAACCAAGUUGUGAUUCAGGAGAGUAAACUAUGACGUGAGGACUGAUAAUAGCUGUUUGGAUUAAGAGGUGAGCAGUAACUUGUGUUUUUGACUUUGCUCCUGAGACUGCGUGCAGGAGCAAAGUCUGGAAAGUGAGUCUAAACGUCUCCUUUAAUGCACCGUAAUAAAUGGCUUGUGACACAACCCCCGUUUUCCCUCAUGGGUCUAGAGAGGGAAGUUUUCCAUAUAUGUCGGCUUCCACAUAUUUUCCACUUCAGCAUCAGUGUUGACAUUACAGCAGCCUUCGUCCAGCCUGCUUGGCCUCGUUCUCAUGUGCUCUCCUGGGCCUGGAAACAAACCCAUGCCGUCACUCCCCAACCAGACUUGAUUCCUGUCACUUGGUGGGCCCCCUCUGUUGAAAACACUUGUUGUUGACUGGCCUGGUCUAGCAGUGCUCGUGCCGGCCCAGGCUCCCUCUCCUCUCUCUCCGGGGGCCAGGCCUUCUGAGGCAGGCUUGGCCCUGAGUGGGCCCCCCCCACCCGGGAAGCCAUGGGGAUCCAGGGCAUGGAGCUGUUUGCCAUUGGCGUGGUCAUCAUCCUUUUCAUGGCAGUUCUCAAGCAGUUUGGCAUCUUGGAGCCCAUGUCCUCAUUUGAAGAUGACAGCAGCGACAGUGACCUGGAGCUGUCGACGGUGCGUCACCAGCCGGAGGGUCUCGACCAGCUGCAGGCUCAGACCAAGUUCACCAGGAAGGAGCUGCAGUCCCUCUACCGAGGCUUCAAGAACGAGUGUCCCAGUGGGCUGGUUGAUGAGGAGACAUUCAAGACCAUCUAUUCUCAGUUCUUUCCCCAAGGAGAUGCCACAACCUACGCUCACUUCCUCUUCAACGCAUUUGACAUAGACAGAAACGGUUCAAUCCGCUUCGAGGACUUUGUCAUCGGCCUGUCGGUGCUGCUCAGAGGAUCAGUCACAGAGAAGCUCAACUGGGCCUUCAACCUUUACGACAUUAAUAAAGACGGCUACAUCACCAAAGAGGAGAUGCUGGCAAUUAUGCAGUCUAUCUACGACAUGAUGGGGAGGUACACUUACCCCUGUGUGCGAGAUGAAGCACCCUCUGAACACGUGGACAAGUUCUUCCAGAAAAUGGAUAAAAACCGAGAUGGAGUAGUGACUAUUGAGGAGUUCAUUGAGACCUGUCAGAAGGACGAGAACAUCAUGAACUCCAUGCAGCUGUUUGAGAAUGUGAUAUAAGGGAACCCCCCUGCACAAAACACUAAAACAAAGCACGCCCACCUCAAACUCACCCUGGCACAUAAUGUAGGUACUCUAAAGGCAUAGGAACUAGACUUUUUUUUCUUUCUAUGUCUCGCUAUGCUCCUUUCGCUGUAUCCUGCAAACUGCUUCUGGAUUGAAAAGACUGAUACGGACAGAAGGAGAGAAGAGCUUCCUGGGUAAAAAUUCCCAUCUGUCUAGUGUGUCUUUGUGUCCUAAAUGAAGAAAACUGAAAAUCUUCCCGAGAUUUAUCGUCAGAUCAAAAUAAUCAACAAGAUAUGGAGAUGGUCACAAUAAUCCUCUGACCUGAGCACACAAGGAUAUGAGCUAAAAGCACUAAUCUGUGUCUCUCACACACACGCACGCACGCACGCACACACACACCAACCUGCUGUUUCCUCAAAAGUUUUUAAGCACCAGAUGAAGUGAACUAGUAAGUUAAAAUUAAAUCAAGAAAAAAAGAGAGAAAUAAUGUAAAGCAUGUUUGUCAUCAAAUAUGUGAUGUGGAAUUAGCUUGCACUACAGUUUUAUGACUAUGUAUCAUAUGCGCCUGAAGUAAAGACACUGUAUAUACCUGCACCUAAACACCACUGGUGUGUAUGUAUAUAUGUAUAGUUAAUAGUUAUAGAUAGAUAUAUAUCCCACCUUGUAUUGUUCUCAUCUGUGCUGAACCGGGUGAUAAAACAGGACCUGAACGUUUUAUUUAUUUGAGGAAUUUCUGUUUAGUAGCAGUUCUUCGCUGAUUAUACACAUUUUUCCUUUUUUCUAUUUUGGAAGUUUAUGUUUAGCUGGUCAAAUUGGAAAUGUGAGUUUGUAUGAAACAGUGAAGAAACAAAAUGACUGUUAAACGUUUCUCCUUACUCUGAAUUAAGGCUUUCUCUCUUGUUUUUUUCAGUAUCUACAAGCAUGCUGACUCUUAAGUGCCACAGUAUUGUGUUCAGUACAGUAGGACCUUUGUGAUGUCGGUUUAUUAAAGACACUGUCAACAGCUGCGACUUCUCUACAUUUCUCUUCUGCAUUCAGAUGACGAGGCGUCAAACAUUGUGAUGAAUAAACUGACAUUAACCCUUA